UUCGCGGUAACCGUCGGCUGACGAGUCCCCCCCCCCCCUCUCUCUCUCUCUCUCUGGUGCAGCGCGCGCGCAAGAAUUCCUCCGCCCGCCAGAGCUCCGAUGCUCUCUGUGCCUCUGUUCGCCUCGUCGGCGUCGCGGUAGGUAUUCGCGACGGUAGUGCCCCUCCGCUCGCCGCGGGGGAACCUUGUGAUAUUUCUCGAGGAAGCUUUCCGUGCGCUGCUCCUCGUCCCUCGAAAUCAAUAGUCGACGCGACCAGACCAUAGUCCGUGCGCGUGGUUUUCUUCGAAGCUACAAGGCUACAACUCCCCUGCAGUGUGUAUGUGUGUUUUCGUAUACAACUCAUAAGUAUCCGUGCGUUGGAGAGGCUGAGAGCAUCGAAUAUACUUAGUGCGCGUGUACACAAGAAAAUAGAGGACAUCAUGGAGAAGGACGAAGACCUGGGGGACUUCAGCGGGAACGGCGGAACCAACGUAGAGCAGCCCGACAGCUGCAGCAAACCGAACGAGGUCGUCGAGAACACCUACGGCUGUGAACAUUAUAAGAGAAAGUCCAAAUUUGUGACACCCUGUUGCGACAAGGUAUACACUUGUCGCUUUUGCCACGAUGAGCAGGAGGCUCACACCGUAAAACGAAAAGAAGUCACAGAAUUAAUAUGUGUCUUGUGUGACACACGCCAACCAGUGCAAGCAACUUGCCAAAAGUGCCAUGUCCGCUUCGGCAAGUACACCUGCCUCGAAUGCAAUUUAUUUGAUGAUGAAGACAAGAACCAGUAUCAUUGUGACGGAUGUGGGAUAUGUAGGCUUGGUGGACGGGACAGAUUUUUUCACUGUGCUAAAUGCAAUAUGUGCUUACCCGUUGAGUUACAAAAUGGUCAUAAGUGUGUAGAAAAUGUCUCACAUGCCAAUUGUCCAGUAUGUCUGGAAGAUAUUCAUACCAGUCGUAUUCCAUGCCACAUUCCAAAUUGUGGGCACCUUCUGCACCGUACAUGUUUCGAAGAUCUUCUACAUUCAGGCCAUUAUGCUUGCCCAACUUGUCAAGUUUCCCUUCUUGACAUGUCCGAUUUAUGGCGAUUUUUGGAUAGCGAAGUGUCGAUAACACCAAUGCCACCGGAAUACAAAGAUUAUAAAGCUGAUAUCCUAUGCAAGGAUUGUCACGAGGUACUGUAUAGACACAUUUAUUUAAUGAAAGAAUUUUCCUUAGAAUUUGUAAAAAGAUUAACAAAAAUAAUGUUGAUUCAGGAAUCUACGGUAAAAUUUCAUGUCGUUGGACUGAAGUGUUUAAAUUGCGGGAGCUAUAAUACGUGUCGAAUCAAGGGUUCUCCAUGCCCAGACCCAGAAUCCCUCGACGUGGCUGCUAGUGGUAGUCGAACGGGCAACGAUGACCAGUCAGGAUCGCAAGCGCAGUAGCAAAAAGUUCGAAGACAUUGGACGACUGUAACGGUUCAUUCCUUAUGCAUCAUUCUAAGGCGUUUGUUUUUACGCAAAUAAAUCGGUAUUUUCCUCUAUGAGUAUUGAUAUUAUGCACCUGGGAGCAUCAAUUUUCAGUUGCAUAUAGGUACCGAGAUGUGUUCGUAAAUCAUGGAGACCGAUAUCGUCACCAACAAAGAAUUCAAAUACGAGAUUUUGUAUUAUUUUUUUUUUUUGUUUUGAUAAAUCUAGAAAAAAUUAGAGUGCACCUUAUUUUUAAAUUUUUGCGUGCGUAGCGUUAAAAUGCUUGGAGAAAAUUCUAAAUUUUUGCUCGGUAACGAAACGUCAAUUGAAAUUUUAUGAAAUCUCACUAUUUGAAAAAUUAUUGUAUUCUGAAAUGAACCUGUACUGACCACCGAAUGGUGCAUUGCAAUGUCUGCUCUUUUUUUUAAAUAUGGCAGUCUUGAAUAGUUUAAAUGUGAUUAUUGAAAUGAUGCAAACUAAGGCCUACAGUCUUGACGCGUAGUCAGUAUCCCUGAUUUUAAGCUAGACCAAUUUCACGAAACUUUAGUACAAUUUUGGAGAAAGUAUAUUUCUCAAAUUUACGUUUUAAAAAUAUACAAAUAUUAUUAUUUGGACUUGUUUCUUUAAGUUGAUCAUUAUACAUACAUCACAGGUUUCUAAAUCUAUUUAUAUAUCUUUUUGCAUAGAGGAAAGAAAUUGAAUAAGAAUUAUUUUUAGACUCUAUAUAACGACUCGUCUUAGUCUCAAGACUUGUAUGUACAAUCAUUGGUUUGAUAUAUUUUAGCUAUUAUCAGCACUUUUUUGCACUCAAAAUUUUUGAAGCCAGUAAGCAGUUUAUUGUUGAUUGGUUAAUGUCUUGUUUGAAAUUAAUAGUUAAAUUACAUAUAAUUUUCUUGUUUGUAUAGAACAUGAGAAUAGAUUUUGUAUGUUAUUAUAUCAUUUUUUACUUCUUACUGUAUACACACGAUUGCAUGAUAGGUUUAACGCGUUCAGUGCUAGCAGUACGAUUAUGCAAUAAAAAGCUACAAAAAGUAAUAAAAGAUAAGUUUUUCCAUAUAAUCAUGAUUGUCUCGAAGCGAACCUAAACUAAAUUUGUUACUGUAGCACUGUAUGCAUCGAGUGCGUUUAUUGGCAUUUCAUAUUUAUACUCACAUGCUAUAUAUAAAAUGUCCUUGGAUCCUGAUAUCGCUAAGCGACUAAGUAGUUGAAGUAUAGUUAUUCAAUAUACCUCGGAAGAAACAAAUAGCAUAUUAUCAAUUUACUUAAUGGUUUUCAUUCUGCAUUUUUUGCCAGUAAAAUAUCCUUUAUACGACUUUAAUUAUACAUCUUUAGAAACAUUCCGAUCAAUUCUCCAUGAGCUAUAUGAUUUAAACACAUAUAAAAGCAUAGAAUUAAGUUUUUAUUUGAAUAUUUGAUAUUCAUUAUUUCAUAUUAUAUUAUAUUAUCGCAUAAGAUUUAAGUAACGAGAGGGAAAACAACUCGAAGAAUAAGUUAUAAAAAAAAAGUUGGAAUCUGUUACAAAAAUAAUAAUUAAUAAAGACGAUUAUUUCAAAAUUUUAACUCCCUAAACCACGUACUACUAAGAGAUCUGUUAUUUAUCAAACCAAACAUAUACUUUAUGUAAAAACACGUUUCAAUUGUCUAGGAUCCGUGGCCUUCUGUUGUAAAUUCAAGAAUGUUGUUAAAUAUUUUUUUUUUUUAAUAUAUAAUUAAUACAUAAGAA